AUGGGCUCUCCUGUAAGACGGUGGUUCAUCCUUCCCCUGGGCUGCAUCGUGCUGUUCCGUCUUACUGAUGCGGACUUGGAGUUUCAAAAGGGAGUGCUUGCCAGCGUCAGCCCUAGCAUCACAGCAGACAUAGAUCUUCAGUGCUGGAAAACCUGCUCUCUGAUGCUGAUAGACCUCAAGGAAAUCAAGAUAGAGCACAAUGUGGAUGCGUUCUGGAAUUUCAUGUUGUUCUUGCAAAAAUCUCAGCGGCCCGGGCAUUACAGUGUCUUCUUAAACAUAGCCCAGGACUUCUGGGACAUGUAUAUAGACUGCUUGCUUUCAAGGUCUCAUGGGAUGGGCAGAAGACAGGUGCUAUCUUCCAAGAAUAAUUUUCCACAGAAAAUGUUGGGGCGUGAUCUGAAGGUGUACCUACGCAAGUAG